CAGGGGUCUGCUCCGCUCACUCUCUCUCUCCUGUUGCUUAUCCCCAAUCCACACUACAAUUACACCUAUACAUACACACCCCUGUGUUUAUACAUCACCGGAACCCUAGAAACAUCCUAAAAUGACCGAAUUACAGCCACCGGACGGCCAAAUCAACGGCGAGACGGGAGCUCUCGUCGUAGCUUCCACCGAAAACGUCGGAACGAAGCGUCAACGGCGACCUAGUGUUCGAUUAGGCGACAUCGGCGGCGAUCAAUCUCACGAUUCUCAUCUCAAUAUUCGAAGAUCUAGCAAGUGGAAGCAUCAGCAGCCACCGUACACCACUCACAAGUCCAAUCAAUCUUCAAAGACUCGGCCUAUACUCAAUUUGAGUGGCUCCGAGUUUCUCGAGGGCGAUGAUAAAGAGGGGAACUUGGAUUCUGUUGCAAUUGGGAGCUGGAAAGUGAGGGAUUCGAAGUCCAAGAGGCGAAACACGAAGCGGAUUAGGUCGAAUUGGGCGUCCAAGGUGGAUGGUGGAGACGAUGAGAGUGGCGGUGAGGAUGGGGAUGGGGAGGGUGGAUUUAGGGAUUUCGGUGAUUCGGAUAGUCCGGUGAAGGGGAAUAGUGGGAUGAAUUCGUUGGAUAAUUUGGGGAAUUGGGGGAACUGUAAUGGGGAGAGGAAUGGUGUUAGGGUUUGGUUGAAUCAGUUGGGAUUAGGACGGUACGCUCCGGUUUUCGAAAUUCAUGAGGUGGAUGAUGAGGUUUUGCCAAUGCUGACUUUGGAGGAUUUGAAGGAUAUGGGGAUUAAUGCGGUAGGUUCGAGGCGGAAGAUGUUUUCGUCUAUUCAGAAGCUUGGGAAGAGCUUUUCUUGACUUGUUUCUAACUUGUUAGUCCAGAUGGAAGGUUGAGGAAUUCUCGACAGGGUGGCUGAGGGAAGACAGAAUGUCUGAACUGGUUUGAGCUUUUUAGUGUAUUACUGUAUUCUAUUUUAGCAUAGUAGUAGUCUUUUGUUUUGUUUUGAGAUUAAUGAAGCUAUUGAUACUUAAUUGUCCUGUUUUGGUAUAUAUAGUUGUAACUUUACUGAUGUAGUCCUAAAGAAUUUUGUUAGUGUUAAAUUCUGUUACAAGUGUUCGAGGUUUAAUUA